AUCCGGUUCCGGUGGGCUUCCGUCAGUCCACUGCUGUGCUACGUGUCUCUGGCCUCCCAAGCGGUGGUGUUGCAGGUGAGGGUCCUCCUGCUGGUCGGCGUGGGACAGGCUAGAGUCAAUCAUGGAUCAGGUAAUGCAGUUUGUUGAACCAAGUCGGCAAUUUGUGAAGGACUCAAUUCGGCUGGUUAAAAGAUGCACCAAACCUGAUAGAAAAGAAUUCCAGAAGAUUGCCAUGGCAACAGCAAUAGGAUUUGCUAUAAUGGGAUUCAUUGGCUUCUUUGUGAAAUUGAUCCAUAUCCCUAUUAAUAACAUCAUUGUUGGUGGCUGAAUACCUUUUUGGAAGAGUCUGUUUUUCAUCUUGGGGAUUGGUGAACAAGUGAGGGUUUGAGAAGCUCAUGGAGUAAAAAUCUGCCUCUGUAUUUUGUGUUUUUCUUCCAUUUUUUUGCUUCCAAGAUGUUUUCUAUUUCUAAAUUAAAAUAAUUUCAAAAUAAACAAACUUCUCUUUUUU